UCCCUCGCUCCGCUCCCCUCCCCUCCGGCGGGUGGCUGUGUGCGCUCGUCAUGGCCGCCUCGAAACCCGUGGAGGCGGCGGCGGGCACCGGCGGGGGCGGGGGGCUCUCCCGCUGGCAGCUGGCCUUGGUCUUGGGGGCGCCGAUUCUGCUGGGAGCCGGCGCGGUUUACCUCUGGGGGCGGCGGGCGGCCCGGCGUGGCGGCAAGGGCGCCAGCGAACGGAAGACCCCCGAGGGGCGGGCGAGCCCCGGGCCUUGCGGCGGCGGCAGCGGCGGGCAGCCCGAUGGGCCCGGACACGAGGAGAUGAGCCCUCUUGAUAGAGCCCAAGCAGCCAAGAACACAGGAAACAAAUUUUUUAAAGCAGGAAAAUAUGAGCGAGCUAUUCAGUGUUAUACUGAAGCUAUCAGCCUGUGCCCAUCUGAGAAGAACAUUGAUCUUUCUACCUGCUAUCAAAAUAGAGCUGCUGCCUAUGAACAACUGCAAAAAUGGACAGAAGUGGCACAGGACUGCACGAAGGCUGUUGAGCUUAAUCCUAAAUAUGUAAAAGCUCUCUUCAGACGUGCAAAGGCUCAUGAGAAGCUAGACAAUAAGAAGGAAUGUUUAGAAGAUGUCACUGCUGUCUGCAUUUUAGAAGCCUUCCAAAACCAGCAAAGUAUGUUAUUAGCUGAUAAAGUUCUUAAACUCCUUGGAAAAGAAAAGGCCAAAGAGAAAUACAAGAAUCGAGAGCCUCUGAUGCCCUCACCACAGUUCAUUAAAUCCUACUUCAGUUCUUUCACAGAUGAUAUAAUCUCCCAACCUUUGCUUAAGGGUGAGAAAUCAGAUGAAGAUAAGGAUAAGGAGGGAGAGGCUUCUGAAGUAAAAGAAAACUCAGGCUAUUUGAGAGCAAAACAAUAUAUGGAAGAAGAGAACUAUGACAAAAUUAUCAGUGAAAGCACAAAAGAAAUUGAAGCAAAGGGAAAAUACAUGGCAGAGGCCUUGCUUCUGCGAGCUACUUUCUACUUACUUAUUGGAAAUGCAAAUGCUGCCAAACCAGACCUAGAUCAGGUCAUCAGCAUGGAAGAUGCAAAUGUGAAGCUCCGAGCUAAUGCUCUGAUCAAACGAGGAAGUAUGUACAUGCAGCAGCAGCAGCCUGUGCUCUCCACUCAGGACUUCAACAUGGCUGCAGACAUUGAUCCUCAGAAUGCAGAUGUUUACCACCAUCGAGGACAACUGAAAAUCCUGCUUGACCAAAUUGAAGAGGCUGUGGAAGACUUUGAUGAAUGUAUCCGAUUGCGACCCGAUUCUGCCUUGGCUCAAGCACAGAAAUGUUUUGCUCUGUAUCGCCAAGCUUAUACGGGAAAUAAUCCUUUGCCUGUGCAAGUAGCCAUGAAAGGCUUUGAAGAUGUUAUUAAAAAAUUUCCAAAGUGUGCUGAAGGCUAUGCACUCUAUGCUCAGGCAUUAACUGAUCAACAGCAGUUUGGCAAGGCUGAUGAAAUGUAUGAUAAAUGCAUUGACCUUGAGCCAGACAAUGCCACUACAUAUGUUCAUAAAGGUUUACUUCAGCUUCAGUGGAAGCAAGAUUUAGACAAAGGGUUAGAACUCAUAAGCAAGGCCAUUGAGAUUGAUAACAAAUGUGAUUUUGCAUAUGAAACCAUGGGAACGAUUGAAGUGCAAAGAGGUAAUCUGGAUAAAGCCAUUGAAAUGUUCAACAAAGCUAUCAACCUGGCCAAAUCUGAAAUGGAGAUGGCCCACCUCUAUUCACUCUGUGAUGCUGCCUACGCCCAGACAGAAGUUGCAAAGAAGUAUGGAUUGAAACCACCAACACUGUAAAGAAAUGACCUUCUAAAGUGAGGUUGCCCACUUCAGCCAGCCCUAAAGACGCUGUUGCAGACCAUUUUGAAUGGUGGAACUUAGUUUUUUUCCCCUUGUGGUGUUGUCAUUUGCUACAUCUGUAAAUGUUUAGGUGUUGUGGGAGUGGUUGUUAAAGGAAGUAUGCAGUGUUGCAUCUUGUUCCUUCUGCAGCACAAACCUUAAAGUGUGUUAAGGGAAAUAAAGCUGCAGGGGAACAAAAGGAAGGUAUUUUGGCCAUGCAAAUAAAAACUUACACUGGUUCAUUUUGGGUGAUAAUGUUGUGGGCAAUUUUUGCUUUAUCAAACAAUAUUACAGCAUGUGGGGUUUUUUCUUGAUGAUUUUAAAGGUAGUACUAGUCAGUGCUGUAAAAUAGGUUUCUUUUUUAUAUGCAAUUAAUACUUGAGGGUUGAUUUUAAUUUUGCAAAAAGGAAAAAAUUAAUUUUCAAACUGUUUAAUAAUAAAAGGUUUUUUUUAAGUCAAUAGAUGUGGAGAGAAUCCCUGUAAAUAUAUGCAAGCAUGCACAAUCUUCCCUUAAAGCCCCUGCCACCCUCUGCAUAACUUAGAAAUAGUCCUGUGGCAGCUAUUAGGGAAUUACUUUGAUGAUCCUUACCCUCACCCCAGAAAGCCCUCACAUAGUGUAUAGGAGAGUUAGUAGAAAGGUUGGCUUGGGGAAGAGAUCAAGAAACAUUGCUUCAAUGUAGGGGGUACAGGGUACAGGGUACAGCUGUGUUCCUGUCCAAGAGUCCUGAUUCAAAUGUCACAGGAAAUUGUUCUUGGAGGUUUCAGAGGGACUUUCAAAAACAGUAAGCAGUGCUGAGAGUAGAGCUGCCAAGGUAAGGUCAUGCUUGCAUAUAAUCUUUGUAAUACUCUUGCUUAAAUGUAUCAGCUAAUUCUCUUCAGGCUCUAGAGAUCUCUGUUUUGAUAUGCUCCUUGUAAUAGCCCCUUUGCAGGAUUAAGUGUGAUAAGGAACAAAGCAUAGGUGAAAAUUUCAAAUAAUGGAUUUAGAAUCUGUACUGGUUUCCAUGUUUUUAGACCCUGUCUUGUCCAAGAUGACUAAUACUGUAGAAAGGAAGCAACUGCUUUGCAGAUAGCAGAUUAGCAAAUUACUAAAUACUACUAUAAACAGUCUUCCUCUACCUAGGAACGUCACAGAGGGCUCUCUUGCUUUGUGUUGAUAUGUCUGGCAGUCAGUCAGUCCAUCUUGCCUCUCCCUGGAUUGAUGUGGCUGGAUAAACCUCAUGCAAAUACUUAACUGAUGUAGUUUAAUUUACAAUACAUUAAUUUGGGCGUCUUUCCACUCUGAAAUCAUAGAUGUGCUGAACUGUCUAACGUAUUUUAUCUUUUAAAGAGGUGAACCAUGCUGUGGUCAAACUGUCUUGUUCUCUAGUUGUGACACUGUAUAGCAGCAGCUUGUACUUUCAACUUGACCUUCCUUUUUCCCAGCAGUUACAGUUGAGAAUUCAAAUGGUAGACAGCGGACAGAAAGAUUUAAUCAUUGUAUUUAUCGAGCUCAGUCGGUGAUGUGAAAUCAGAGUGCUGGUGUAGAAUUGAAGAUUUUGGGAUUGAAGGCAGCUUCUAAGGGCACUGCACAUAACAAAACAAUGUUUUCUGGAACUUUCGAUCUCUGCAUCAAUUACAUGAGAACAGAAAUGCCAGACUGACUGAUGUGUCCUGUUCUCCAGAGUUUUUAUUCGCAUGGCCUUAUUUACAUUGGCAUUUUCUCCCCUUCACCCUACUUGUACCCCAUUCCUUACCCCACACAAUCAAUUAAGGGAAAAGAGCAUGUGCUGUUGAAUACUAGCAUUCCAAAUCAUCACAGACUUUUGCCUGUUCUUGAACUAGUUUGAACUGCACUGAAAGGAUGCAUUGUCUGUAAUUUUUUUGUAAAUGACGUAUCACCUGUAAACUGAAAAAAUAAAUAUUACCUUCAAGUAUCUCUCUCCGACAUGUAUAAGAACAGGUUUUGAGCGAAGUGUCCUCUGCAGUAGUGCUCCCUGUGCUUAUUUGAGGUUGCUCUGAGCUUAGGAAGAAGUAAUAAUGACUGACUCCUUGACACCUUCUCUUGCUUCAACCUUUAUGAAAAAAUGAGGAGGAGACAUGGAAUUAACAAGUCUUAGCUCCGAUUGCUUCCAUCACCCACAGAGGUGUGAUCUUGAGGUAUGAGGGGAAAGGAAAUCCAGACAGGAAAGCUGAGAAGCUGACACACUGUUAAAUGUGUGUAUGCAGGUGGAUCCCUUUGGUGAGGGGGAUUUUUUUUAUUAAAUGGCUGAUAGUAGUUGAUGCUUUGCUUUAAGCCACGUGUGUGCAUGUGAACUUACAGAAAAUCUUUUUAUAGUUAAGGAUUGAGAGCUGAACUGAAACAAGUAUUGCUGCUAUUAAAAAAAAAGAAAAAUGUACUGAAAUAAUGUAGGAAGUUAGUAAUGAAGACUUGGAUAAGCCUGGUGUAUCCUAGAGACUCUGGGAAGCUGCUUGUUCAGUUAGCUUGCAUCUGAAUUCUGAUCAUGUAAAAUCCCUGCUUUUCAUGUUAAGAGACAAAUUUUCCAAAAUGGAAAUAGAAGUUGUGACUUCAAUUACUAGGGUUUAAUUGCACAUUGAACGUGAAGAGGGAGCUAAUGUGUACUAAGGAGCUGUAGCUUACUCUGGAACUACUAAGAGCAGCUUACAUGCAGUUUGAACCAGGCUCCCCAGCAGCAGUGGUAAUAACACUGCCUGAUACAGUAGGCAUUACUGUAUUUUCUGUCAUUUACUUAAAUAUGAAUUUAAACUCUUACAGGCUGAAAUUCUGUACUGCUUCAGGCUUGUUACUGACUGCUUUUCUAUACUUAGAGAAUACUGGUGCAUAUGUAUAUUAUGGAUACUACCAAGUGCCUGUUUUCUACCAACACAGAGACUGAGUGCUUUAAGUAUUGUCUAGCUGAGAACAGAUUGUGUAUGUUUUCCAUUGAACUCCCAAAAUUCAGUCUCAUUUGCAUCACUUCUGAGUGGAUCCACACUGGAGGACCCCUAAAACAUCCCACUAAAACAAGGUGCUUAGAAGUGGUACUGACAGAUCAAAGAGGGCUGAGCAUGUCACUGCUUCCACUGAGUUCACCAAAGUAGCUCGCUACAAAUUUUCAUCAAUUCUCCCCGUUUGGGGUGCCAGGGGAGGAGGGUCCAAGGCCACGGAUUCUGUUGUCUGUUGCUGAAUGCACUUUGCAUUUUUUUAAAUUAAGUGGUCAGCCCUUGAGAAUCCUGCACUAACUUCAGUCCUCCAAAGGUAGUAUAGUUCCUGCUCUGCUGCAUGUUAAGGUAGUAUAGAGAAGGGAGGGAAAGACAGAUGAAGUAGUUCAGAAAAAAGGGGUAUAUAAUACUUGCUAUGAGUUUGAAGUCAGAGCCCAGUGAUGGCCAUCACGGAUGCUGAUUGUUAGUAUGUGGGAGGUACUAAUCAAAUGCAGGAGACUUGACUCAAAUGGUGAAUUGUUAAUUUUUUUUAUAUUUAUUUUUCAACAAAUAAAUCUUCAUUUCACCUUA